GUUUGGCGGGCGUAACUAUCACGGUGACCGCUAGGGGCGCUGCGCUAAGGAGUUGGCAGAGCCAGGAGAAAGGGGCGCUCGUCAGACACUCACAGACACACAUAGAGCCGGGAGUGAGAGGAGACGGACCGCUAGUCAGGCCGCACCGAGUCUCCGGGACAUGCUGCUGGGAUAGGUCGGGGAGACGGCAGGGAGGGGAGGACGAUACCUCAGGGACCGGGGCCUCCCCUCCCCACAGCCCGGAUACACAAGCACCGGACAGCGGAGCUCAGGCCUCACCGGCGGACAUGUCCGGGAAAAUAGAGAAAGCAGACAGCCAGCGUUCCCACCUCUCCUCUUUCACCAUGAAGCUCAAGGACAAAUUCCACUCCCCCAAAAUCAAGCGCACCCCGUCCAAGAAGGGGAAGCCAGCCGACCUCACCGUCAAAACAGAAGAGAAACCCGUCAACAAAACCUUAAGCCGCUUGGAGGAACAGGAGAAAGAAGUCGUUAAUGCCUUGCGUUACUUUAAGACAAUUGUUGACAAGAUGGCGGUGGACAAGAUGGUGCUGGUGAUGCUGCCAGGGUCGGCGAGCAAAGUGUUGGAAGCCAUUUUGCCAUUGGUGCAAGUGGAUACUCGGUGUCAAGAAAGCACCGCCAUCUCUUCCUGCUACAGCCGCGUGUACCAAUCCCUCGCCAAUCUGAUUCGCUGGUCUGACCAGGUCAUGCUGGAAGGCGUCAACUCGGAGGACAAGGAGAUGGUCACCACCGUCAAAGACGUGAUAAAGGCCGUCCUGGAUGGCGUGAAGGAACUGGUGCGCCUGAUGAUUGAGAAACAGGAACACCCAUCUCCCACUACCACAGUGAAGCCCAGUUUACCAGCAUCCAAAACUGACAGCACCACAGAAUUGCCCUUAUCUGAGCGUGAGCUAGAAAUCCUCAACAAGACUCCUGAGCCGACAUCUAAGGAAGCUCAAGUAGACAGUUUGGAGAGUGAAGAGUUAGCGCCGCCAAAGCCCCCGCUACCAGGAAUCCGAGUAAUGGAUAACAGCCCUCCACCCGCUUUACCCCCAAAGAAAAGACAAUCUGCACCUUCACCCACCCGAGUGGCAGUGGUGGCACCCAUGAGCCGUGCCACGAGUGGCUCCAGCUUGCCCAUUGGAAUUAAUAACCAGGAUUUUGAAGGGGAUUGCUACGUACGUCGCAGGUUAUCCGGUGGAAGUCAGUCAUACGGGGGAGAGUCGCCGCGCCUUUCUCCCUGCAGUAGUAUAGGGAAGCUCAGCAAAUCAGACGAGCAGCUCUCUUCGCUGGACAGAGACAGCGGCCAGUGCUCCCGAAACACCAGCUGUGAAACUCUAGAUAACUAUGACCCAGACUAUGAAUUCCUGCAAGAGGACCUCUCCAGAACAGACCAAGUGCCGGGCCAUGGAACCAUUCUCAGCCCUCUCCCUGAAUCCCUCGAGUCUGCCUCCCCCUUUCAAGGACAGAGCUUCCAGAUGCCCGCCGGCGACACCCCAAAUUCAGAGCAUUCGGCUGUAGAAACCCCACCCGCCCUACCUCAGAAGAAAAGGAGGAGUACGGCCCCCCAGACUUCUGACAGUAUCCGCGGCUGCUACGAAAGGCACCCCUCUCAGUAUGAUAACCUCUGCGAAGAUGACUUGUCCCCAUUUGUUAGUGCCGCUAUGCCUCCCUUUGCUGCCGUCUCGCCUUUCCAGCAAGGAAGCCCUUCUCAGGCAGAAUUCCUGUUGGACUUUGUUGCCGCAGAGUCGGAUGGGAUUCCAGAGAAUCCUCCCCCACUCCCUGAGAAGAAGAACAAACAUAUGAUGACCUACAUGCGCUUUGUAGAAGACUACUCUGAACCGCAGCCGUCCGUCUUCUACCAAACCCCGCAGAACGAGCACAUCUACCAGCAGAAGAACAAACAUCUCCGCGAGGUUUACGGCUUCAACGACUCCUUCAGCAGCCCCGAAUCUGGCCACGAGCGUGCCCCGCCCCCUGCCUUACCCCCAAAGCAAAGGCAAAUGCAGGGCUCCUUUGCUGCCUCUUCCUUCUCUUCUGUUUCGUACUGUGCACAGACAACCAAAGGGGUCUUCCCACCCGAGGACACCAGCCACCCUCAGGGCAUCAGUCUGUCCGUCUCUAACUGCUUUCUGAGCCGCCACGGCUCCUUUCCUGUGCCUUCGUACAAAUCUGUUUUCCGCUCCUACUCCCAGGAUUUUGCCCCUCAUAACCAAGCCCCACCACUUCUGGCCCCUGCCAUCUUCUACUCCUCCCGCUUCUCCCCCGUGCUCUCCGACUCCGCCUCUUCUCCCCCCGCCAUGCCCCAAGUACCCCUCCGCCCCCCCUUACCUCCCUCUCAGGGUGGCAGCUCCUGCGGGACCCCACCUACCUGCCUUGCCUAUGAGCCUUCUCUCUCCGGCACCUUGCAAACAUCAGCGGAUUCUCCUUUACCCAAUGAAGGGCCUCAGCAGAACUGCACCCUGCCCUGUCUGCCAGGCAAAGACAACCACGAGGCUUCAGAGAGGCCUCCAAAGUCCCCCGAUUGCCACAGCGAUGAGAAUGGCGAGGGGGAAGAGGAAGAAGAGCUCGAUGAACUCUCCCUUGUUGACCAUAACGAGAUUAUGGCUAAGCUGACCCUGAAGCAAGAGGGUGAUGAUGGACCGGACGUGCGGGGCGGCUCGGGUGACAUCUUGCUGGUCCAUGCAACGGAAACCGAUCGCAAAGAUCUCGUCCUGUACUUCGAAGCCUUCCUGACAACAUACCGCACCUUUAUUACCCCCGAGGAGCUGAUUCAGAAGCUCCAGUACAGAUAUGAGAGGUUCUGUCACUUUCAAGACACUUUCAAGCAGCGCGUGAGCAAGAACACCUUCUUUGUGCUGGUGAGAGUGGUGGACGAGUUAUGCUUGGUCGAGAUGACAGAUGAGAUCCUGAAGCUGCUGAUGGAACUCGUCUUCCGUCUGGUGUGUAAAGGGGAACUUAGCCUGGCUCGCAUCUUGCGCAAGAACAUUCUGGAAAAGGUGGAGAAUAAGAGAAUGCUGCACCACGCCAAUUCUGCACUUAAGCCCCUGGCUGCCAGAGGAGUAGCAGCAAGGCCAGGGACGCUCCACGAUUUCCACAGUCUUGAAAUUGCAGAGCAGCUGACUCUGCUGGAUGCAGAACUCUUCUAUAAAAUAGAGAUUCCUGAGGUUCUGCUUUGGGCAAAAGAGCAAAACGAGGAGAAGAGCCCCAAUUUAACACAGUUCACAGAGCACUUUAACAACAUGUCAUACUGGGUCCGAUCUAUUAUCAUGCUUCAGGAGAAAGCCCAGGACCGAGAGCGAUUGCUGCUUAAAUUCAUUAAAAUCAUGAAGCACCUUCGGAAACUGAACAACUUUAACUCCUACCUUGCCAUCCUGUCCGCGCUGGACUCCGCCCCCAUUCGCAGGCUAGAAUGGCAGAAGCAGACGUCAGAGGGCCUGGCGGAAUACUGCACAUUGAUUGACAGCUCGUCCUCCUUCAGAGCCUAUAGGGCAGCCCUGGCUGAAGUUGAACCCCCCUGUAUCCCCUACUUAGGCCUGAUCCUGCAGGAUCUUACCUUUGUACAUCUGGGGAACCCCGACCACAUUGAUGGGAAAGUCAACUUCUCCAAGCGUUGGCAGCAGUUCAACAUUUUGGACAGUAUGAGGCGAUUCCAGCAAGUACAUUACGAGAUCCGCCGCAACGACGAAAUCAUCUCCUUCUUCAACGACUUCAGCGACCACCUGGCCGAGGAGGCUCUGUGGGAACUGUCCCUAAAGAUAAAACCUCGCAACAUCACCCGGCGCAAAACAGAAAGGGACGAGAAAACUUAAGAGUGGCGGCGAAUUAAAAAAAUCCAGAGACUGAAGAGCGUGAAACGCAUUGGAAUCCUCCGCCUACUUUGUAGAGCGAGUUUUUUUUCUUUUUAAAAGUGGGAGGGGCCAAUGAGCUUGUUUACCUUUGACCGCACCCAGCUGACCCCUCCCACAGCCAUGGGUUGCCCCACCCAGUGUUGUCCUUUUUUUGUCUUGUGGGAUACCUUUUUGUGCCAUCUCCUAAACUGUCAGUGUCAGGAAAAGCUCUGUGCCAUGUCUCCGCGGGAAUAUUCCUCCACCCACCAACCCAGGCAUUUUAGGGUUAAAACCAUAAAAAUAUACGUUUGUAACGUCACCGAGGACUUUCCCAAGAGGAAAACGACGCAAACCAGUAAAAGACUCGCACCCUGAAAAGCCACUUUAUGUCCAACCUUGGAGUUUGUGUUUUUUAUUUUCUUUUUCUCCAAACUCCGCCCCCCAAAGCCAUGCCAUUACUCUUCUGUCCAGUAGAGGGCAGUGUGUACAUUUCCUGUAAAUAUCAGUAUUCUAGCGGGAGGGGGGGGGUCAAUGUGAUCUUAAUUAUUAUUAUUUUUUAUCAUGUCCUUGCAUGAGGGUUAUACAGAGACUGAGAAGGGGAAUUGUACAUAGAGGGGCAAAUUCCCACAACAUGGACUCGUGUUUAAAGUGAAGGGGAAGCGACGAGCGGAGAGACAGGAUAUGUGUGUCUCAAAGGUCAAAAUAAAUGUUUUAAACCUA